UAUGUAAAACUUACAUUUAUUUCAGCAGACACCAGAUGGACCAAACCAUUUUACUUCAUACAAGGUGCAGACUUGCAAAUGGGGAUGAUUCAAAGUUACGUGGAAAAGAACCCAGUACCUGGGUGGAAGAAAGAAAUAGAAUUAGGAGAGAGAGCAGUUGCUAUAGUGAAUCAGAUGAGGCCAAAACCCAAGUUUUUUGUGAUUUGUGGAGACUUAUGCCAUGCUUUUCCUGAUCAACAGCCAGAAAUUCGUAAGAAGCAGGAAACAGACUUCAAGAAGAUUUUUGAAAAGCUGGAUCCAGAAAUACCACUUAUUUGUUUGUGUGGUAACCAUGAUGUAGGCGACACUCCAACUACAGAAACAAUUGAUUUGUACAGGUCCUCAUUUGGCGAUGACUUUUUUUCCUUCUGGUAUGGAGGUGUGCGAUUCUUAGCACUAAACUCACAGUAUUUUGAAGAUGCCUCAAAGGUACCAGAACUGGCGCAGAAACAUGAAAAAUGGCUGAAUGAAGAAUUGCAGCUUGCGAAACAGGAAGAGUCACGCGUAAUUGUAUUUCAGCAUAUCCCUUGGUUCCUGAGUGAUCCUGAUGAAGAGACCAACUACUUUUCCAUAAAACCAAAUAUUCGAAAAGUCUGGUUGGAGAAGUUCAAGAAUUCGGGGGUGGUACAUGUGUUUGCUGGCCAUUUACAUCGCAAUGCAGGUGGUUCCUACAAAGGGAUGCCAGUUACUGUUACAACUGCCAUGGGAGCACAGUUGGGUGAUGAUAUGCCUGGCCUUCGUAUUGUCAGAGUGUUGCAGAAGGAAGUUGAGCAGGUCUUCUAUUCUCUGGACGAACUCCCCACAGUGAUUGAUCUGUAGAUAACACCUAGUACUUGGGUAGUGGCCUGAUGCCACAGGAAUAUGCCAAGAAGCACAGACCAUGUACGCAGUGGCCCAAGAAGAAAUGCCAUUGUAC